CAACGCUUCACUCUUGCCCCUCGUGAUGCAUUGUGGGACUUUAUGUAAAGCCAACAUGGCAGCCGCCUGCGCCAGGAGCCUCAGUAAGGUCGGCUGGGAUCUUUUGGAUUCUCCAGCCGCCCACCGGCCCGGUACCUUGUCCUACCUGCUGGGGAAUGCUAGUGCACAUGGGUCCAGGAGGGCGUACAGUACCGGUGGGACCGGAUUCCGGUCCAAACUGCUCUCCUCAGCUCGGGCAGGAGGAGGCAGGGUGCUGGGCUGCGCCUUCCUGCUCGGUGGAGGUUUGGGUUUGUAUCAGACCUUGAAGCGGUCUGCUCAACAGCACCUGGCCGCGGAGGAGACCAAUGUGAGCCGGUUCUCCACAGAAGAGAGGUCAAGAGGAGGUCUGAAGCUGACCCUGUACCAGUAUAAGACUUGCCCAUUCUGCAGCAAGGUGCGAGCAUUUCUGGACUACUAUGGGCUGCCCUAUGAGAUUGUGGAGGUGAACCCGGUCAUGAGGAAGGAGAUCAAGUGGUCAGCUUACAGAAAAGUGCCAAUCCUGAUGGUGGAUGGUGAGCUGCAACUGAAUGACUCAUCUGUCAUCAUCAGCUCCCUCAAGACCCAUUUAAUCAAUAAAAUGUCCAGGGAGAAAAACCUGUCUGAAAUCCUUCGUUGCUACCCGGAGAUGAAGUCCACAAACGACAGGGGGAAGGAAGUGACAGAGUACAACAACAAGUACUGGCUGAUGCUAAACGAGAAUGAGACCGCCACGGUUUACCCCAAGAAGGAAAUGCAGACAGAGGAGAUGAAGUGGCGUAAGUGGGCUGAUGAGUGGCUCGUGCACCUCAUAUCUCCCAAUGUGUACCGAACUACUGGCGAAGCGCUGGCCUCCUUCGACUACAUCGUCCGCGAGGGCAAAUUUGGUUCUGUUGAAGGUUUCUUUGCCAAAUAUGUUGGCGCUGCAGCCAUGUUCCUCAUCUCCAAACGGCUGAAAAGUCGACACAACCUGCAGGACGAUGUCAGGCAGGAUCUCUACAAGGCCGUUAAUGACUGGGUUUCAGCCAUCGGAAAGAGCAGGCAGUUCAUGGGUGGAGAUAAACCCAACCUGGCAGACCUGGCCGUGUUCGGUGUCCUCAGAGUGAUGGAGGGCCUGCAGGCGUUUGACGACAUGAUGGAGAACACCAAAGUCAAACACUGGUACAACCGCAUGGAGAAGGCCACGCUAAACCACGAGGGUUCAGCAGCGGCCAAAUCCAGCCACUGAACAGUGACACCUCCAAGAAGAUCCGCCUCUUUUGUUGGGAUUUUCACCAGACUCCAUGUGAGAAAUGCGUGUGAGCCUAUUGAUCUGGGUGAAUGAAUCAACUGCAGACAUUCAUGUAGAUGGAGAGGUCUCACACACAGAAACUUAAAGCUGUAAGAUAUUACAUUUUAGGAGGAAACCAUCAAAUCUGCUGCUCUUAUUUAAUGAGAUUCUCUGACAUCUACUGUCAUUUCUGGCUAUUUCAUACAAACAUGUUUGAUUUAUUUAGUUUUACUGGGAAUUGAAUGUCUGACUUAUUUCCCAUUCCAUAGUCAGACGGCGUAAAGGCAUCAACAGAUGUCCAAAAGCUGAGAGCUUCCUCAAAGCCCAGAUGUUGGAUUUACAUACAGAUAAAUAGAGGAAAAAAAUAUCUGUAUCUCUACUGUAAAAAUGUUGAGAUUUUUUCCUUAAAUAUUGCGCUCCUUUUAAAAGCGGUUAGUGUUUGGUACGAUUGGAAAAAGACAAAGAUCUGUAAUAAACUGAACUCUAUUUAAACGGUUCAUUAACUUUGUUUUUUCUGCACUCAUUCAAAGUUUAAUUUUAGGCUCAGCAGCUUUUAUAUUUAAUUUGGCGUUUAUUUUUUUGUCAAACAAUGCAGGAUCAGUACAGCAGCGAGGUGGUGAUAAGUUCUCAACUCGUGCUCUCGUUUGAGGUGAAAAAAUCUAAAUAAAAUGUAAGAAUGAACUUAACAUGCAAUCCUUUAACUGCAAAAAUAAUUACUGAAUUGAUUGUUUGAAAACCCAAAUGUGCAUAGUUGUAAAAAUGUCAAAUAAAAAAAGGAAACCUUGAA